AUGGCCUACGGAACAAUUGCCUCCGCUCAUGAAGCGCAGCCUGAUCUCGAAGGUAGCGACCAGGAACAGGAACAGGAACAGCCGCUGUUGGCCUCCGAUCCAGAUUUGUGGAAGCCGCCCGUAGGCUUCAUCUGGAUUGAAGUCGCGAUUUUUGCAAAUGUCUUCCUCUCCGGUUUUGAUGGCACAAUCACGGCCUCCACAUACGCCCUAAUCAGCUCCGAAUUCAACGCUGCGAAUACCUCCUCCUGGCUCACCACUUCGUACUUGAUCACAAGUACCGCUUUCCAGCCUUUGUACGGCCGCUUCUCCGAUAUCUUCGGUCGUCGCACCUGCUUCUUCACCUCGACGAUUUCUUUCCUCCUGGGAUGUCUCGGGUGCGCUGUUGCGAAAGACGUGAUCUUCUUGAAUCUCAUGCGCGCGUUGACUGGUAUCGGCGGUGGGGGUUUGAUGACAAUGGCAACGAUCAUCAACUCCGACAUGAUCCCCUUCCAGCGCCGCGGAAUGUACCAGGCCGCCCAGAACGUGCUUCACGGAUUUGGAUCCAUCUGCGGUGCCUCACUUGGUGGUUCGAUAGCAAAUACGAUAGGAUGGAGAUGGUGCUUUCUUCUACAAGUCCCAGUGUCCAUCUUCGCGCUGAUCGUUGGACGCAUCGUGAUCCCCAAAAGAGAAAAGUCGCCCACUGCAGUCGGACUGAGUGUCUGGAAGCAGGUUGAUCUCACCGGCGCCCUUCUUCUAAUCCUUGGCCUCUCGGUGCAACUCGUCGGAUUAAGUCUUGGAGGCAAUGAGCUUCCCUGGACUAAUAUCUGGGUUAUUUCGUCGUUGGUUGGCAGUUUCGUUUUGUUAGGCGCAUUCCUCCUCGUGGAGGCGAAAACGACGGCCAUCCCCGUUAUACCCCUGCGAAUGCUCCACGGUAUUCUUCCUGUUUCGACGCAGAUUGCGAAUGUCUGUGUUGGGAUGUCUGCAUAUGCUUUCCUGUUCAAUCUUCCCCUAUUCUUCCAAGUCGUCCUCCUGGACAGUGCUUCCAAGGCUGGCGCUCGUCUUGUCAUUCCCUCCUUCGCAACCCCCGUCGGCGGCCUCGUCUCUGGUAUUAUCAUGUCGCGAUACGGGAAACUAAGCCAUCUGGUGCGCGUUGGUGCAGGACUGAUGUUUGUGGGAAAUCUUCUCGUCAUGGCAAUCCAGUUCUACGAUGCCGAGUGGAAGUACUUUGUUUAUGUGGUUCCCGCCAAUUUGGGACAGGGCAUUGUUUAUCCGGCCAUUCUGUUUACCUUCCUGGCUGCUUUUGGACACGACGACCACGCUGUCUCCGCCUCAACCGUCUACCUCAUCCGCUCGCUUGGAACAGUCUACGGUGUCGCCAUUACGUCGACAAUUGUACAAAAUGAACUUUUGCGCUCAUUGCCUGGGGCAUUGCGCGGAGUACCGAAUAAAUGGAAAGUACCACUCCUCCCAUCCCUCCGACCAUGCACCUCAUCUCAUCCCCCCCACUUCUCGUCCCCCUCCUAG